UUUUCGUAGACGAGCCGUGAGCGGGCGUUGUUGCUGCUACAGCGUCUGCCAUUUUGGUUAGAACUACUUAGCGUUGUGCUUGGCAUAAAUAGGCUCCGCGGGAUACACAGCGGUACUCCUGGAGAAGGCACCGCAAUUCCAUCAAAAUGCUGUCUGCAGCCCAGUUACUCGAUGAGUUAAUGGGCAGAGACAGAAACCUGGCCCCUGAUGAGAAGCGCUCCAACGUGCGAUGGGAUGACGAAAGCGUUUGUCGAUACUAUCUGUGUGGCUUCUGCCCAGCGGAGCUAUUCACAAAUACACGUUCUGACUUGGGUCCCUGUGAGAAAAUCCAUGAUGAAAAUCUAAGGAAACUGUACGAGAAAAGCUCUCGGUUUAUGAAAGAAGGCUACGAGCGAGAAUUUCUGCGGUAUCUGCAGUCUCUCCUGGCGGAAGUGGAGCGGCGGAUUCGUAGAGGACAUGCUCGGCUUGCACUCUCCCAAGCUCAGCAAAAUGCAGGGGGCCCAGGUCCAACUGGAAAGAAUGAAGAGAAAGUUAAAGUUCUAACAGAGAAGAUAGAAGACCUGGUUUUACAGAUUGAGGAACUGGGGUCGGAAGGCCGCGUGGAGGAGGCUCAGGGAAUGAUGAAGCUGGUAGAGCAGCUGAAGGAGGAGAGGGAGAUGCUGAGCUCCACCCCCUCGACUAUUGAGAGCUUUGCUGCUCAGGAGAAACAGAUGGAGGUGUGUGAGGUGUGUGGGGCCUUCCUCAUCGUGGGUGAUGCACAGUCCCGGGUCGAUGACCACUUAAUGGGCAAACAACACAUGGGCUACGCAAAGAUAAAGUCUACUGUAGAGGAGCUUAAGGAAAAACUCCGACGUCGCUCUGAAGACCCUCAAGGCGAGAGCCCUGCUGUCAAACGGGACAGAGAAGAGCGAGAGCGCGAGAGGGAGGAGCGGGAGAAGAAGCGCAAAGAGGAGGAAGAGAAGGAGAAGGAGCGGGAAAAGGAGAAGGAACGGGAGAAAGAGAGAGAACGGGAGAAAGAGAGGGAGCGAGACAGAGAACGGGAGCGAGAGCGGGACCGCGAGAGACGGGCCAGGCGAAGUGACUCCAACAGCCGCCACUCCAGCAGAACGUCGGAGAAGAGGCGGAGCAGAUCCCGCGACCGCCGGAGGUCUAGAAGCCGAGACAGGGAACGGAAGCGCAGCAGGAGUCGUGACAGAGAGAGGAGGCGCAGUCGUGAGCGAGCUGACAGAAAACGUCGCUCCCGUAGUCGCGACAGGAGGAGGUCGCGUAGCCCGGAGCGCAAGUCUCACCGCCAUCGCAGCCGGAGCCGCAGCAAGGACAGAGACAGAGAAAGAGACCGAGAUAAAGACAAGGAUAGAGACAGAAACAGAGACAAAGGAAAGGACAAAGACAAAGAGCGGUCAUCAAAAGAAAAAGACCGUAAGGCGACAGAGGAGAAGAGCAGCUCUAAGAAAGAAAGCGACGCAGCCACCGUUAAGGCUUCGUCGGAGUCGGAACCGAUGCAGACCGAGGCUGCCGCCUCCUCCUCCCCCCCUCUGCUUAACGGCCAGCAAGAGCUCCUCCAAUCUGAAGGUGACACUCAGUCCAAUUAAAACUGAUCUGAUAGGACCUCAGAUCAGGCUCAGGUAAGUGCGUCCUCGUCUUCACUCCCCCUGGCUCUCAACCUUCCCUCUCACACUCUCUCCCCUUUCCUUCAGUCCUCCCGCCUCCCUUCCACCCCUCCGUAUCUGCCCCUUCGGUUUCCCACGCUGUUUAUGUUCAGUUCAAUGCCUAUGAUUCUUUUUUUUUUUUUUCUUUGUCGUAUGUACUAUAUGCAAAUAUCUUUAUCCUGUUUUUGAUUAGUGCAUCGUAAGUAUGCACUGAAGAUGAAGGACUAGGCCCGAUGAAUGAGAAGAAAGUAGAAAACAUUCACACAAAGCCAAGAGGGAAAGGCCAGUGUAGCCCUGAGCAAACAUGCCCAGAGGUACCCCUCGUUUUGUAUCAGUUUUUGAUCCUUACAGAUGUUUAAUUUCACUCUGUGGAAGAAAUGACAGAUCCAGUCAAAUUUCUCUAGCUGUAUAUACAUGUUUUACCUUUUUUAUUAUUACUUUUCAUUACAUUUUUUUCUUACUCUGAAACAGGAAAACGUAGUAAUUGCUGUUUGUCCAUUCAGGGAGGAAAUUUAAGUGGCUGUGUUUUCUACAUUUUCAGAUUUUACCUUUGGGAAUUUGCCCAUUUUCCAGCUUACUGUGCCUGAUAAUGCCAUGCACUGUGUUUUUUUGGGGGGAGGGGGGUUACAGCACCUGGGUGGGGGGGUCUUAACAAUACUAACUGGAGGUGUAGGGUUUAUCGGAUGAAUUGCAGCUGACUUCUAUACCUCACACAGCGUUGGUGUUGUGAGCGAGACCCACAUGAGAAAAAGGGCAAAUUAAAAAUCUUGGAUACUCUCUGACUGUCAAACUGUGCAGGUACUCACCCCAGGUACUCCUUUCUCUACCCACAUCCAUUUCUGAAUGCUGUUGCCUGUCUAAGAAAAAAAAAAAGAAUUAGUUAUACUUCUUUUAGAACAUGUAUCCAUCAUGUGCAUAUUUUUAAUUGUCUGAUUUGCUGCUGUAUUUGGUAACAUGUUGGGGGAAGAAGAGUUAUUUGAAUGAACAAUCUGAGACGACCUUCAUGUCCUUUUGCCAUUGGCUGAAAUUGCCACAGACUUGUCCACCGUAUUAUUAUCAUUAUGCUCAUAAUUCUCCAUCAUCUCAGGCAUAUUUCCACUUUGGCGAAAGGAAUACUAUAUUGGUUUGUCUUUAAAAUAAUGCUAAGUUUUUAUAGAUAUGAAGCAGAUAAAAUAUACCAAAGUAGCCAAAUGUAUUCAAAACCUGCAGUGUUCAUGCUAGAAAUCUGAAUUAUUUGGUUUAUAGUCUGUUAAUGGGGCCAUCAUUUUCCCCCCCACAAAAAAAUAAAAAAUAAAAAAAUACCAUAUUUGACCAGCAGAUAAACAUUUGCCUGCAUAGCUGGUUGUCUUUGCUACAAGCCCAUGUUGUGGGACCCUUGCUAACAUUGUUUGUUGUGGCCGUUUUGCUCUGCAGGGGAAAAGCUGGAAUGUCUUGUGGAGGAAAAAGCUGAAGAGCAUGCCCACCUUUACCCUGAACCUGACUUCGCUGCUUACAAACAAGGUGAACCACAGAUGUGUAGGGGGUUAUUUGAUAAAUAACCAUGACAUGAAAUAUCUCAAUGAUGAGAGAGGGUUAAUUACUUUGAUCUUUUUUUUUUGUGUUUGUUUAAUUGGCUGGAUAAAAGGCAGUUGUGGUUCAUCUCAUAUUCAUCUGAUUCACUGGUAAUAGAUGGCAGCCAGAUAUCACAUGGAAAGUGUAGAAAAAGUUCUUAAUGAGCUUUUUUGUUUUGUUUUGUUGAAAAUCUUUACACAUCCUAUGUUUCUUGGAAUCUAGUAGAAAUUGAAUAAAAACAGUGCUCGUGGUUUGUACUCAUUUGUCAGGUUCAACUUCUGACCUCCUUUUUAUUUAAAAAAAAAAAAAAGGAAAAAAAAGACCUCAGUUAAAAGCGUAUGUACAAUGUAAGAUUCGUGGCAGGGAGUGUUUCUUUCCUCCUCCACUUUGAGCUCAUGGCUAUUGCUCUUGUCCCAUAAAUGUAAAAUAUUUUCAUUUUAAUUCUCAUCUGAAGCUCUUCAUAAUUCAAGAUUUGUUUAAAUUUCGCCUUGCUUUUAAUGUACAUGUUGUCAUGUUAAAUUAAAAGGUAAAAUCUC